UUCCACCGAUCCGCAGCGAACUGCUCUCUCUCUCUCUCUCUCUCUCUCUCUCUCAGGACGGAUCUUUCUUCAAUCGAGAAACCCUAAAAUCCCUUCCCAAUUCCCCUCAGAUUCUCACAUUUUCCGAGAAAAGAGAAAGUAAGAAAACCGAAUUCUCUCUGUCUCUGUCAAUCAACGACGAAUCGGUGUCUGGAUCGACGGCGAUGGCUUCAUCGAGCUCGUGGUCACGUGCACUUGUGCAGAUCUCACCGUACACAUUCGCCGCCAUUGGAAUCGCCAUCUCUAUCGGCGUUUCCGUCUUAGGCGCCGCUUGGGGAAUAUAUAUAACUGGAAGCAGCUUGAUUGGAGCAGCGGUCAAAGCUCCUCGUAUCACUUCUAAGAAUCUCAUUAGUGUUAUUUUCUGCGAGGCUGUUGCAAUAUACGGUGUUAUAGUGGCAAUCAUUUUACAAACAAAACUAGAGAGCGUGCCAGCAUCCCAGAUCCAUGCACCGGAGUCUCUUCGAGCUGGAUAUGCGAUUUUUGCUUCCGGGAUCAUCGUAGGUUUUGCUAACCUGGUCUGUGGGCUUUGUGUGGGAAUAAUUGGAAGCAGCUGCGCGCUAUCUGAUGCUCAGAAUUCCACGCUUUUUGUGAAGAUUUUAGUGAUUGAAAUCUUCGGCAGUGCACUUGGGCUGUUUGGAGUGAUCGUGGGAAUAAUCAUGUCAGCUCAAGCGACGUGGCCAUCAAAGGCAGGGUGAGUACUGUCAUUGACAUGCCUGGCUCUUUAUUUUACCAAAAAAAGGAGAUUAAAUCUUUUUGUAUCUCAAAUGGGCUCUGGAGCUAUUGUGACUGUUCUGCCACCCACAAAUUAGUCUAGUGCAAGCAGACAUGUAAUAGUUGUGUGUAUCGGGCUUGAGAGAGGUAUAUCCAUCUUUGAUCUGGUGUUUGGAUGAUUC